ACAGGAGAUUACGAUGCUAUACUGCAUCACUGGCCGGUAACAGCUCGCUGAAGUCUCUGAGGGACAGCUUCAGUUCUGCAGAUCUACCCAAGGAAAGCUGCUGCGUCAUACCUUCAUCGCUGAUACAAAAUUAAACCAUAAAGACGACAAAUCAAUUUCUUUACUACACCCCUUCAAAUAUACAUCGUCGCUGCUACUAUCUCAUUCACUUUAUUCCGAGAUAGCCGCAGGCAGGGAGUCCAAUUAGUCGUGGUAAGAGAUUGUGCGGUACUUGAGUGCAUUCUCAUUGCUGGGCUGAAAAAGGUUGUUUCGGCUGUGCGUGCUCUGGCUUUCCAAAAGGACUAUUGCGACAAAAACAACGUUUUGUGAUAUAAAAACCUGACACAACGGGCGAUACAAGAGUCUUCAUUUUCAGUUAAUAUUGCUUUAUUGAAGGGCAGAAUUAUCAUAAUUGAAGCUGAAAAUAUUUGAUUUUACUUGGAAUAAUGGUGAAAUUGGGGAAUAAUUUUUGCGACAAGAAUAACACCAAAGUGCCCAUCUCUGAAGAUGGAUUUGAUACCAUCCCCCUUAUCACACCCUUGGAUGUCAGUCAGCUGCAAUGCCCCCCGCCUGAUAAGGUGAUGGUAAAAACUAAAACAGAAUAUGAUGGUGACCACAAGAAGGGUAAAUUCCAUACCCCUAAAAUUGCAGAAUUUACAAUAAGCAUCACUGAAGGUGUCUCUGAGAGAUUUAAGGUCACAGUUUUAGUGCUUUUUGCACUGGCGUUUCUCACCUGUGUAGUGUUUCUGGUGGUCUACAAAGUUUACAGCUAUGACCAUACCUGUCCAGAGGGAUUUGUCUUUCAGCACAACCGCUGCAUUCCAGCUGGGAUAGACAGUUAUUAUUCUGAACAAGACCCCAGUACCCGAGGAAAAUUCUACACUGUUAUUAACCACUACAACGUGGCUAAGCACACGCUCACUCGCUCUGUGUCACCCUGGAUGACAGUGAUGUCUGAAGAAAAGGUAUCUGAACAGGAGACAGAGAAAGCAGCUUAGAAGUGAGCGCUGCUAUCAAGAGUACAGGAGUCACACAUGCUGAGCAGUAAUACUGUAUAAAUGGGAGCUUUUAACUUUAAAUAUAACUAUAGGUAGCUAAGAGAGUUUAAAAAAUGUAUUUUACAUUUUUUUGGGGGGACGACGACUAUAUAACGCUGCAGAUUUUUGCCUACAGUUUUGAAUAAUACCCAUUGUAAAGUA